GGCCUUGAAUGAACUUGCGUAUCCAGCCAAUAAUUUAGAUGUGAAACGUGUUGCAUACAUUCCAGUUGGUUAUUUUCGAAUACCGAACAGCGCCCCUACCGGUCUUUCGCAGAUUUAUCUUUAAGGGAAUUACGAGUGGAUUUAUUUUUAAAUAAUAAUUCAGUAAGCGUCGAAACGUCGAGUGUGCGUGUGUCGUUUUAGCAGUGCUCGCGCAACCGCUACUAAACCAACCAUUUUAUAUCGCCUCCUUUGAUCUGUCAAAAACGACGUUUACAAAUGUCGGCGUGUUAACAAAAAUUCAAGAUUUACAAGUUUAAGGACUUACGAUUUCCCAUUUCCUAUUUCGAUCUUCGGCAUCCGUCCCGUUGAAAAAGAAGAAGCAGUAGAAGAAGAAGAAGAGGAAAUGACCGAUGACUUUUUCUAGUCACGUAUCGGGGGAAUAGUGAAAGAUAGCAAUAAAUACAUUAUCCCGCCUGCAUAAUGGACUUCGACAACCCCUCGUAUUUUUCGGUCGCCAAAACCGAAGAAUCCGACGACGACUUCGCCCUACUUCAAAGGCAAUUCACCCCACCGAAGGGCAAGGGAUGGUGCAGAAACAAACGAAUGUACCUCAGGUCUCUAAGUACGAAUUCGGCCGAUUCGAACAAGAGCCUGCUCAUCAUGGGCGAGCCGAGAUUGAGCGACAUCGCUCCCGAUUUAUCAUUAUCAUCGAAAAACCCGCCGAGCAGGGCCGGCUCCCUGAAAGGCGACAAAUCCGAAUUUAUGGCGGCCUCCGAGGAAGCCCGACUCGACCACGAAGAUCUAUCCGAAGACGAGGUUUUCAUCGAUAAAGAAAUCGUCAGGUAUCACAAUUUUCCGGGAUCGCAGACGGGCGGCGCCCGAAGGAGGCAUUCGAUCGGUACGUUCGCGGUGAGGAAAAGCUGCGGGGAAAAUUCGCAGCGGGACGAACCGGCCGGUUUCAAGGAGGAUUUCCCGUCGAACGGGGGCGAUUUCGACGCCGAUUUGGACGAUCACGCCGUCCGGCACGCUUCCUAUCCGAGGAAACGGUGCUUCAAAUGCGCCAGAGGAUCGAACAGAAACCAAAACAUGGACGACAUCUUGAUCGUUUGGUUGAGAAGCAGCGAAGCGGCUACCCUGUGGGUCGACUAUUUCACCACCUACUUUCAACAAAUCAGCAAACACGCCAACAGGAAACCCUUCAAAAUCCAAUGCAACUCGUCGGAGGAGAUACUCUCGAAAUCCGAGGAGGAAUUGAAAGACUUGCUCGGCAAAACCUCCACCGUCAAGCUACAACUCGUAGUGAUAUGCCCGAGCUUCUUGGACUUCGUGGCCGAGCGUCCCGACGCCUGCGCCGCCUCCUUGGGCAAGCUCUUCCAGGCCGACAGGACGCUCGCCCUGCUGUUGGGCGUCGCCGACGACGAUCUGCUCGACGCGCACAAAUCGGCGCUGCCGACCUAUUUCCAAUGGCGGCGGCGCGGCGUCGGCCAGGACCAGGACGAGAACUUCACCAAGGAGUUCCUCGGCCAGGCGAUGGCCGUCCUGUCGGCGGUGUGGAAGCGCCAGAUCUCCGUCACGUCGCAGGAGAAGGCCUGCUUCUCGGUGACGCCCAAGAAGAUCCGGCAGGGCCAGAACAGCGUGUCGGUGCUGUUGACGCAUCCGCUGCAGAAGGAGGACGUGGUGAAGAUCUCGGUGGAGCGCAACGGGGAAUUGCACGAGAUCAAAUCGGUGCGGCGUCGCAAUCCGUACGUGAUGAAGUUCUGGAUGCCCGAAUCGCUGACGCAAAUCACCGUCAUCGUCAACGUGCUCGUCGAGAAGAACGGCAGCAUCAUCGGCAGCAGGCCCGUCAAGUGCGAAAGCAAACUGAGGGAGUUGGACCAGUUGCUCAGGAGCGUCGAUAACCCGGUCGAUUUCAUGUGCCAGGCGGUGGGUUUCAGCCCGUCCGACGUCGAUCACCUGGACAACUGGCUGGUGCACAAUUUCCAGAAGAACCUGCCGGCCCACUUCGAUCUGUUGAACGGCUGCCAGUCGCGGUGCGCCGUCGGCGCGCUGGGCCACAAGCACAGCCACGAGGAGUUCCCCACGCUGUUGCACUUCGCCGCCAAGUUCGGCCUCGAGAAGCUGGCCAUGCAGCUGCUCGAGUGUCCCGGCGCCGACGCCGCCUACGACGUCCGGAACAUCUUCGACAUGACGCCGCCGGAGAUGGCCGAGGCCAACGGGUUCUCCGAGCUGGCCGCCAUGUUCAAGGGAUUCAUGAACAUCAACGAGUUUACCAGCAUGUACGCUAGAUUGAAAGAGAUUACCGAGACGACCAAAUCUCAGGAUACUGACGAUGAGGGUUACAUGGUACCGAAGACGAUCCAAGAAUUCUACAAACUGUGCCCGGCGCCCAAACCCGUGGUCACCACGCCGGUGACCCCCAAGGAAUGGCCGUCGAGCCUCUACAUCCCCAUGCACACCCCCACCGGCACCGACGCGAUUAAACCCGAAGAAACGCCACCGCAACAGCGACAAAUCACCGAACUAAUACCCAAACAAACGACCAAAAAACCCCAAGAUCAGCUCGAACUCGAAGACAAAGUCCAGAAGGAACUGGCCGAAAUAAUCAACGACUUCAAGAACAACAUCCAUUCGAUAUCGCAAGCGGAACGAUUGGUGGAAGAAUGGAAGCGACGCAACGACGUGCAAAAGUCCUUUCGCGAGAAACAGCGCCAGCUGAACGAGAUGCGCGUCGAGUACGAGCGCAUCCAGGCGCGCCUCAAGGCCGGCGUCGGCGCCGGCGGCGAGCGGAAGGCGACGCCGUUCGAGCGCGUGCGCAAGCUGUUCGCCAAGCCCAAGGAGGAGAAGGGCAAGCGGCGCGGCGCCGGCGCCGACGCCCGUCCCGUCAGCAGCCUGAGCACGUCCAGCUCGGGCUCGUCGGGACGCAUCAGCACGGCGAGCGGCUGCAGCCUCGGCGACAGCGGCACGCUGUCCGAUAACGAGGAUAGGACGGUGGGUUUGAAUAGCGGAUCGGAGGACGAGUUUCGGCAUAAAUUGAACAAGGCGGUGCUGGAGUUGAAUUACAACACUUUGCCGGCCCCGAAACCGUUGAAAGUUUUGCCUGCGAAGCACACGUUCGAGACCAUCGAGGAGAAGCCGAUGAAUCGUCCCGAUACGCUCAACAUUCGCAACGAAUUCUACAUCGAAUUUCCUCCGUGCGGUCUACCGAUACCAGGUAUGGAGGAUUCGGCGAAAACGUCGAGCAACGAAUACAUGAACAUCGGCUCGAAAACUCCGGAUAGUCACGAAUAUAUCAACUUCAAAAUACCGGCGGUGCCGCAAACGAAAUGAGAACAACAUCACCGAGCGUUUGGUCGUGUAAUUAUUUUCGAAUUUUUAAUUUAUUUAUCGAUUGGAAUUCGACGCAUGAGAUGGACGAUUUGCGAGUCGUACAAAAUCGACAAGGCACAGUAGGCUUUGAAAUAUCACGUUUAUAGUACGGUGAAUUUCAUCGAGCUGGGUCGAUUAUUUUAGGACAAACGUUGUACUAGUCGGUGUUAUUAUUAAUCUAUUGAUGUAUGUACAGGUUUUCGUAAACUUCCUGUAUUCAAUUUUCGUCUUUUUUUAUAUUAUACAUUAUUUACUGUAUGAAUUUAUGUACCUUUAUUUAGUUAUUUAUGUACCUAUUUUUUUAUACGCCUCGUUAGGUCGAAUAAAUAAAUAUUUUUUAUUACACAGCGCGUUGUUCAUUGAAAUAUCUACAGUCGGUGCAAAAAAAAUAUUCAUACACGUCACUACUGUCGUCAUACUUGACAAGCAUUGUGACCAACUUUUAAAAGUAAAUUCCACGAAAUAGAUUAAGCUUAAUACCUGCGGAAUUUAAUUUAAUAUUAAUAAGGGAUGAUAGAAAAUGUUAAAAUGCAGAAUUAAAUCAUCCAAAAAUAUAUAUUGUCAAAAUUCAACGUUUGUGAAUAAAAUUAUUAUUUUUUUCUAU